ACAGAGAUGACGUGAGUGUUGUGAGUCAGUGUUACAUUCACUGUUACGGAAAAGAAGGUAAGAAUGGAGGAAGCUCAGGAGAAUGUGAAUCAUGCGGCCGAAGUUGCUCGACAGGCCACUCACUUCGAUGCGAGUGGCAGUCACCAGGCGGCCAUAUACAUGUAUAGACAGGCAGCUGAGUACCUGCAGAGGGCCAUGACACUGGGGUUGUCGACUCCAGCACUACAGGACCACGCCAUGAAGUACAAAGAGAGAGCUGAUCAACUAGAGAAUCUUGACAGUCAAGCCCAGUCAGCCCAGAACACGAUGGAAGGAGGCCAGAGUGAGUUAAGCCGUGCAAACUUCCUGCUCCUGGAAGCGUUCGAGGAGGACGAGGCUGGAAACAUGGAGGAAGCCAUCGAACACUACACCAACGCUGUUCAGCUGUGCCUUGAGGCGAUGAAGACCAUAGAGGAUCCAAAGAUGUCAGACAAGCUGAGGAAACUGGCGGAGCAAGCUUUGACGCGUGCUGAGGUGCUCAAGGCCCAAAGUUCACCAGAAGAAGAGCAGAAGGCCAGCAUUGGAGAAGGAACAGGUGCUUCGCUGUCAUCUGUAAGGCCAGCACACCAACGGGUCUCCCCCACACGUGUCAUUCCUCCCCUUGGGAUAGGCAACUUGGUUAACUCUAGACCACAGCCUCAGGCAAAGCCUGGUCCUUCAAGUAAAAGUGGGCUGCAGCUGUCUGGGAGUGCUGGCUACACAAAAGAGGAGCUGGAGGUUCUCAGAAGAACCUCAAACAUCAAUGGACGUGAUUAUGUCCCCUUCUUGGCAGUGGACCUCAAGGAAAAAUUUGCAUAUUCCUUACCCUUUACUGACAAGGAUGGAGUUCUUGCACUUGCCCCAAAGCAGAAGAAGAAUUUUUUGCAGUGGGUGAGACCAGAGGACCUUUCCAGCGACCCCAAGAUGAUUGAAAUGGUCGACUGCUUCAGCAUCAAGCAGACGUGUGUGUCCGACUGCUCCUUUGUGGCUUCUGUUGCCAUCAGUGCCCUGUAUGAGAAGAGGUUCAAGAAGCGACUCAUUACGGAUAUUAUCUUCCCUAAAAACCGCAGUGGGGACCCCAUCUACAACCCCUGCGGCAAAUACAUGAUAAAGCUGCACAUCAACGGCAUCCCAAGAAAAGUGAUCGUAGAUGACAAGCUACCUCAGGGGCAACACGGUGAGCUGCUCUGCUCUUACUCAACUAACAAGAAUGAGUUCUGGAUCUCAUUGGUGGAAAAAGCCUACAUGAAGGUGAUGGGUGGCUAUGACUUCCCUGGCUCCAACAGCAACAUCGACCUCUAUGCCCUUACUGGCUGGAUCCCAGAAAGGGUUUCCAUCAAAGACAAAGAAUUCAAUAAAGAUGCCACGUUCAGGAAAAUCAUCGACCGUUUCCACAGAGGUGAUGUUCUGGUCACGGUAGCAACUGGAGAGAUGAGUGACGCUGAUGCAGACAGAGCGGGCCUCGUCCCCACGCACGCCUAUGCCAUGCUGGACAUAAAGGAAGUCAAGGGGAAACGUUUGCUGAUGCUGAAAAACCCUUGGUCACAUCUCCGCUGGAAAGGCAAUUACUCGGAGAUGGACCAGACGCACUGGACUCCAGAAAUGUGCAAGCUCCUCAACUAUGAUCCAAAAAGUGCACAGAUGUUUGAUAAUGGUGUCUUCUGGAUAGAUUAUGAUAGCCUUUGUCAUUUUUAUGAUGUUAUUUACAUGAACUGGAACCCACAACUGUUCUCCUACACUUAUUGUACUCACGAGACUUGGUCUGCUGGCACGGGCCCUGUACGUGACUUGUACAACAUAGGAGAAAAUCCCCAGUAUUCUCUAGAUGUUCAGUCUCCUGGUGGAACAGCUGUGUGGGUUCUGCUCACGCGGCACAUCACAGAAAUAGAGGAUUUCCGCAACAACAAAGAGUAUAUCACCCUACUUGUGUAUAAGACUGGAGGGAAGAAAAUAUUUUAUCCAUUUGAUCCUGCACCCUUUAUUGAUGGUGUACGUAUCAACAGUCCCCACUACCUAUGCAAGAUGGUGCUGAAGGAACCCGGCUCUCACAAAUUCACUCUCGUUGUGUCACAGUACGAGAAGCAUCUGACAAUUCACUACUCACUGCGGGUUUAUGCAACGUGUCCCUUUACCUUGCAGAAGAUUAAGAAUUAUUGCAAGCACAAGCAAGAGAUCACUGGCCGCUGGAGUGGAGCUAACGCAGGGGGAUGCCCUAAUCACCCAGCAACAUACAAGAACAACCCAACAUAUCAGUUCAGGGUCGAACAUGAAAUGCAAGCUCUCAGAAUCGAACUCAAGGCUCCGAAGGACAUACAGAUUGGUUUUGAGAUUGUAUGUGUAGAGGCAAAGAAUACAGAAGCAAGUAGUUAUUUUACAAAGAAGCAGACUGGAGCGUACAGAUCGGGCUUUGUGGUGCUGGAGAUCAUGGAUGUGGUGCCGGGGGUGUACAACGUCACCCCCAGCACCUUCUACCCUAAUACAGAGGCUCCCUACUUCUUGAACUUCUUCUCGUCAGCACCAGUCAAAGUCAGCAAGUUGAAAUAGAGGAGGCCAGUGAAGUCAAGUCAAUUUUGGCCAUUUUACAUGACUUCGUAUGUGUAUUUUUUAAGGAGGAGUAGGUUGAUUCUUCCAGUGUUAAAAAAAA